GGCGUCCAGGUGGUUCUGCUGGGCUCCGUCACCUCCUCCUAAGGAUGCAUCCCGACUUGUCUCCACACUUGCACACUGAAGAGUGCAACAUCUUGAUAAACUUGCUUAAGGAAUGUCACAAAAAUUACAUGGAAAAGAGGAUCAAGAGCAGGGAGCAUGGUAAUGCAAUGCGAAAGAGACUGUUUAAUUCUUCCGAGGAGUCUGAAAAAUAAAUUGUGUUUUCACUGGAUGCCUUGGCUGAGAGAAGACCUAAAGCCUCUUGGUUGGCAGCUGAAAGAAUCCCCCCAUUUGGUCUCCAGCACCCUUUGCCGAUCUGUAGACACAUGCCAUGGAAAGAUCCGGAAAAGCCUGGAUUCUGACAGUGUGGGCAGAGCCUUUAGUUCUCUCCAGCAAACUUGACUUCCCGCUUCGCCCGUUUCCCUCCACCAGGGAACACUGGAGUCACUUCUCUCCCUCUAUAAAAUAACUGGUUUUAAU